CACGUGUGCGGGCGGGCGGGCGGGAGGCGGCCCCGCGCCGCGCGUUUAAAUGUCCCGCUCGGCGCGGCCCGCGCUGUGCGCAGGGACGGGAGCGGCCGCGCCGUGAGGCAGGAGGCGCCCAGCGGAGCCCGCCCGCACCGCGCUCCCGCCCUGCCCCCGCGCCCUGCUAGCGCCGCCGGGCGCCCGCCCGCCCUCACCCCCCCUCGCCGCCGGGAAGGGCCGGGGCGGCCGGCGAGUGCUCGGGCGGGGGCCGGCGGGCACCCGUGCCGCCUCCCGGGGUGCCUGGCCGCGGGGCGGGGGGAGCCGGCGGGCCGGCCCGGGGCUGCGGCCGCCCUUUCCGCGCCGUGCGCCCGCGCCUCCGCCGCCCUUUGUGGGGGCUGGGGCCCGGGCCUGCUCGGCCGCUCCCCGCACGGCGCCGCGCUCGGCUCGGCCCGGCCCAGGCGGGCACCAUGCGCCGGGAGAGCGACUGCGCGGAGGAGAAGGCGCCCGCCAGGGGGGACGGGGGCGCGGAGGGCGCCAUGCGGACCCGCAAGAGGAAAGCUGAUGUGGCCACGUUCUUGCAGGAUCCUGAUGAAGAGGUCGCCAAAAUGGAGAUGACCAGGAAAAAGCAGUAUGAAACCCAGCCAUCCUGGAAUAAUGUUCACAAAAAUGCCCAUAUGCUGAUUCCUACGCCAGAUAAAGAUGAUGAUCCAGUUGGUGUUGAUUACUCUCACUUCAUACAUCUAAGUAUUGUGCCAACUAGAGCUUCACCACUACCAGUUCUAGGCUGGGCAAACAGAGAAGACGUGUGGAAAAACAUGAUAAACAAAGAAGAGACAUACGUGAGGGAUAAACUUUAUAUGCAAAAGCACCCUCUCCUGCAACCUAAAAUGAGAACAAUCCUUCUAGACUGGCUGAUGGAGGUUUGUGAAGUCUACAAGCUUCAUAGAGAAACUUUUUAUUUAGCACAAGAUUUCUUUGAUCGGUUUAUGGCAACACAACAGAAUGUUGUAAAAACACUAUUGCAGCUUAUUGGUAUCUCUUCUUUAUUCAUAGCAGCAAAGCUUGAGGAAAUUUACCCACCAAAGUUGCACCAGUUUGCCUAUGUUACAGAUGGAGCUUGUACAGAAGAUGAAAUCCUCAGUAUGGAAUUGAUUAUUAUGAAGGCUCUUAAUUGGAACUUAAAUCCACUGACUGUUAUAUCGUGGCUGAACAUUUACAUGCAAGUUGCAUAUUUAAAUGAGCUUUAUGAGGUAUUGCUGCCACAAUAUCCACAGCAAAUAUUUGUACAAAUAGCAGAGCUCUUGGAUCUCUGUGUGCUGGAUAUUGGCUGCUUGGAAUAUACAUAUGGAGUACUUGCAGCUUCUGCUUUGUAUCACUUCUCCUCAUCUGAGUUGAUGCAGAAAGUUUCAGGUUAUGAAUGGUGUGAGAUAGAGGAAUGUGUAAAAUGGAUGGUUCCAUUUGCAAUGGCUAUAAGGGAAGUAGGAAGCUCCAAACUCAAACACUUUAGAGGUAUAGCUCCUGAAGACUUGCACAAUAUACAGACGCACAUAAACAGCUUGGAUUUGCUGGACAAAGCUCAAGCAAAACAAGCCAUGUUGGCUGAGCAAAAUAGGACUUCACCUUUCCCAACUGGUGUCCUUACACCACCACAGAGUAGUAAGAAACAGUCUUCUGGACUGAAGCCAAUAUAACUUUAGAAACUGUUGACAGACAGUUUUGCUGAAGUGCCUGUUCUGCUGGUUCUAACUCCUGCUCCAUUAUGGAAAUGCUGCCAGUGAAGUUCAUAAGCUUUUAUGGAAUCUGAAAAGGAAACCUUACUUUUUUCGUGACAGAAGAAUUUUUCUAUUUGAAAUAUUUUUAUUGAACAUUAAAGUAUUUUUAAAGAAAUGGAUCAAGUACACCAGCCACUUAAAAGAACACCGAAGAGUGCUCCAAAUGCUGCUAUGGAGGGUGAUGCUUGAUGUGAUCAACUGUUCAGAAAAAGGGCUUGAAGUUUAGGUUAGUUACUGUGCCUAUUUGUCCUUUGGAUAAUCUGCAGUCAUACUGUCCGCUGUUGACAAAUGGGUAAAGUGUGCUGUGGAAGACAACAUUUCAAAGCCUCUUUUUCAAAUGGUUGGCUUACAACUUGAUGCCUUUUUAAAACCUCUUUAUUGUAAAUGCUGCUAUGUCUCUGUGUAUCCAUUUUUAAUAAAAAUGCUGUCUAAGACAGCUGGUUUUAUGUA